GCCUCUCUUUCUCCUGAGUACGUCUACGAACAGUUCUUCUCUUGUAACGCAUAGUCGUUCUACAUAUCAUCGAUAAUAAUCCUUGGAAACAAUCACAAACUUGAAAUCGCCGUUUGCGAACACUCCAACAACAAAACUCGUUUCCAACAUGGCUUCCACAAAUCCCGACUCCAUGACCAAUGCACAAGGAGAAUUCCAACCUUCAAGACCUCGUGACCAACCUAUGGAACAACACGGUCACCAAGUAGGUCAAAAAGUCAGUCCGGCCGACAACGCACCAGAAUUCUCCGCUCAGAUACUUCCUCCGGGGACGGCACCGAAGGAAUCAACUUACCAACCCAACCCGAUCUCCGAAAUUCCGGGACAAGCCAACAACCCGGACGUCCUCCGCUCUCACGGCAAGGAAGGUGUUCGCACCGAUCCGCUGAGCACCCUCCCGGGGGCCACCUCCGCGGAUGUUCACACGGGUUUGGGUAAACCGAUCCAGGGCGAGACGAGCACCGAAGUGCGCCACGAAGGGCAACAUACUAGAAGCAAGCCGACGAGCGGUCCCGAAGGCGCCGGCGCCACGGGCGGAAGUGGCCUUCACGGUGACGUGAAUGUCGAGUUCCGUAGACUGGCGGAGGAGGGUGAUCACCCUCGUGGGCCUAUCAGUGGACACAACGUGACUCGCCAAGGUGCAGAGGAUACAGAGCCAGCGAGGGAUGUCGAGGUCGCGGCGGAGGGUGACAGUGUCAAGAAGGACCCAGGGUAUUCGAGAGCGAAGAACGCGACGGGCGUACCUGAUCGAGGAGCGGCGAGUGAUAGGUAA